CCGCGGAUUGGCCCGUGGCGCGACCCGUCGGUCGCGCUGCUGUUCUGGGAAGGAGAGAAAAUGGCGGCCGAGCCGAGCAAGACCGAGCUCCAGACGCUUUUUAAGAGGCUUCGCGCAAUUCCGACCAACAAGGCCUGCUUCGACUGUGGCGCCAAGAAUCCGAGUUGGGCCAGCAUCACGUACGGUGUUUUUCUGUGCAUUGACUGCUCCGGGGUGCAUCGCUCCCUGGGCGUCCAUCUCAGCUUCAUCAGGUCCACAGAGUUGGAUUCCAACUGGAGCUGGUUCCAGCUGAGGUGUAUGCAGGUCGGCGGGAAUGCCAAUGCGACAGCCUUCUUCCGCCAACAUGGAUGCACAGCCAAUGAUGCCAACACCAAGUAUAACAGUCGAGCUGCCCAGAUGUACCGAGAGAAGAUCCGGCAGCUGGGGAGCGCGGCCCUGGCUCGGCAUGGCACUGAUCUUUGGACAGACAGUGUGAGUACUGCUGCCAGUCACUCCCCAGAGAAGGAGUCCGAUUUCUUCUUGGAACACACUCAACCCCCUGCCUGGAAUGCACCAGCCACCGACCAGUCAGAGACCCAGCAGCCAGCCCCGUCUGCAGAGAACAGUGGCCUGGCACAGCCGGAGCAUGGCCCCAACAUAGACCUGCUUGGCACCUCACCCAAAGCCUCUCUGGAGUCCGUGUAUCUGUCACCUAAAGGGGUUCUUCCUGCCAGAGAACCGAAAACCUCCCUCAUUGGCAAGAAGAAGCCAGCAACAGCGAAGAAGGGGCUGGGUGCCAAGAAGGGCCUAGGGGCCCAGAAGGUGAGCAGCCAGAGUUUCAGCGAGAUUGAGCGGCAGGCCCAGGUGGCAGAGAAGCUCCGUGAGCAGCAGGUGGCUGAUGCCAAGAAGCAGGCCGAGGAGUCCAUGGUUGCCUCCAUGCGUCUGGCCUACCAGGAGCUCCAGAUUGACCGUAAGAAGGAGGAGAAGAAGCUACAGAACCUGGAAGGGAAGAAGAGAGAGCAGGCCGAGAGGUUGGGCAUGGGACUGGUGUCCCGAAGCUCCGUCUCCCACUCGGUGCUGUCCGAGAUGCAGGUGAUCGAGCAGGAAACCCCAGUGAGUGCCAAGUCCUCUCGCUCGCAGCUGGACUUAUUUGACGACGUUGGCACCUUUGCCUCUGGGCCUCCAAAGUACAAGGACAACCCCUUCUCCUUGGGGGAGAGUUUCAGUUCCCGCUGGGAUACAGAUGCUGCUUGGGGUAUGGACAGGAUGGAGGAGAAGGAGCCGGAAGUGACCGUCUCCAGCAUCCGGCCCGUUUCAGAAAGAGUCACCAACCGGAGGGAAGUGGAGAGCCGGAGCUCGGGCCUGGAGUCAAGCGAAGCACGUCAGAAAUUUGCAGGAGCCAAAGCCAUCUCCUCCGACAUGUUCUUCGGGCGGGAGGUGGAUACUGAGUAUGAAGCCAGGUCCCGGCUCCAGCAGCUCUCGGGCAGCAGUGCCAUCAGCUCGUCAGACCUCUUCGGGGACGUGGAUGGAGCACACGGAGCAGGCAGCGUGUCCCUGGGGAGUGUGCUGCCCACGGCUGACAUCGCCCAGUUUAAGCAGGGUGUCAAGUCUGUGGCCGGGAAGAUGGCCGUGCUGGCCAAUGGCGUGAUGAACUCUUUGCAGGAUCGCUAUGGUUCCUACUGACCCAGGCUCCGUGUCUCAGACUUUGGGUGGUGGCAGUAGCAGAAACCUCAUGAUUCCUCGGCCUGGGAUGCUUGCCUUGUGGAAGCUGGGGAGGCAUUGUUACUUUAUGCCUGUGGCGUGAGUGGGGUGGCCUGUGAGGAGCUUGGGCGAGGGAGGGGCAGAGCCGGCCCCUGACCUCUGCCUGGAGAUCGGGCCCUUCGUUCCCCUCCCUGCACACCCCGACCUCUGCCUGGAGAUCGGGCCCUUCGUUCCCCUCCCCACACACACUGACCUCUGCCUGGAGAUCGGGCCCUUCGUUCCCCUCCCCGCAUAUCCCACCCUGUGUGCUCCGUGCUUCUGGUCCUGACCCCCACACUGCCGCUCACUUGGCUUGCCACCCUGGGAAUGAGGGGAGGGCAUUCCCUCAGGACGGCUCAUUCUGGGUCCAGGCCUUCCCUGAGGAGGGAGAGUAAAAAGUGUAAGGCUGUUUUGCCGGCUUUAGGGUCCUUCCAGGUGGUCCCUGGGGUUGGCUUCCGCCCUGGAAGCUGCAGGGAGGCUGGAGAGAGCUCUGCUGCAGCUCAGCCCCCAGGGCGGGAGGCUGUGGACGGGCUGCUGCUCCUGUGCUCUCUUAGGCACCAGGAGAGGGCAGGGGAGGGGAAGGACCUCCCUCUGGGACUUGCGAAGGGCUAGAAGCUUGACCUGGUACCUAAAGCUUCCAUUUGGGAUCAGACUAGAGGCCCGAGUGAUCUCCUGUCUCGCCGACCCUUUCUACGGCGGUCGCUCGGAGGACUCCUCCUCCUCCUGGGUGUGUGGGAGUCCUCCCAUGCCAUCCAUGGUGGACCGCAGUCCCUCGGAGACUCUGUCCCUUCUUCCCCUGCUUGGUGGCUGUGGUGGAUUUGCUCUGCCCGGGGCUCUGCUCAGGAUGCCGUGAGCGUAGUGCUGGCAGAGGACAUGUGGGACUGAAGCAGGCGCCUGAGCUUGGCUUUCCUUCUCUGCACCAUCUUGGCCUCGGGACCCUGGGCAGCACCCCCCACGGAGAGCUCGCGGCACCUGUGGGGCGGCAGGUCUCGGCCCCAGGCCACACACUGUGCCAUCCUUGGUGCCACCUGCCCCUGCCGCCGGCAGCCCGGGUCCCCCAACCAUGACGGGGGCUGGGCUCCCGAGCGCCGCAGACUGCUGUUCCCAGCACCCCUCCCCAAAGGGAUGUGACUUUCUUUCUGGACUGUAUUGAAAACAAAGUGGUGUCGAAUAAAGCCCCGAAGGGGCCCUGGGCCUCUGCUGGUCUGAGUGGA